AUUAGAGUCGCGGAAGCGCUCCAGGGCAGCGGCCUUGGGGUGGGUUUGGAGGGAAAUAUCUGGAUAUUUAAAGGGCCAGAGUCAGCUGACACACUCUAGACUUGUCUGGGUGGCAACCACGACGAAGAGAUGACAGCGGCGGUGCCUGUGGGCAGGCGCCAGGGGUUCUUGGGAAGCUAUAGGAUUCAGGUACUUACCUUCCUGCUGCUGUUGUCUCUGGCAGAAUUAGGGGCCAAGCUGGACAACGACUUCAGUCUGGUGCGUCCCCUGGUGACUAUGGAACAGCUGCUGUGGGUGAGUGGAAGGCAGAUCGGCUCUGUGGACACCUUCCGCAUCCCGCUCAUCGCAGCUACUCCGCGAGGCACUCUCCUUGCCUUUGCUGAGGCUAGAAAAAUGUCUUCAUCAGAUAAGGGGGCCAAGUUCAUUGCUCUGCGGAGAUCCACGGACCAGGGUGGCACAUGGUCUCCUACUGCCUUCAUUGUAGACGAUGGGGAGACCCCUGAUGGGCUGAACCUGGGGGUAGUGGUGAGCGAUAAAGACACAGGAGUGGUGUUCCUUUUCUACUCUCUUUGUGCUCACAAGACUGGUUGCCAGGUGUCCUCUACCAUGUUGGUGUGGAGCAAAGAUGAUGGCAUUACCUGGAGCCCACCCCGGAACCUCUCCUUGGAUAUUGGCACCCAGAUGUUUGCCCCUGGACCUGGCUCUGGUAUUCAGAAACAGUGGGAGCCAAAGAAGGGCCGGCUCAUUGUGUGUGGCCACAGGACGCUGGAGCAGGAUGGAGUCUUCUGCCUCCUCAGUGAUGAUCAUGGUGCCUCUUGGCACUAUGGGAGUGGGAUCAGCGGCAUCCCCUAUGGCCAGCCCAAGCAGAACAAUGACUUCAAUCCUGAUGAGUGUCAGCCCUAUGAGCUCCCAGAUGGCUCAGUUGUCAUCAAUGCCCGGAAUCAGAACAACUAUCACUGCCACUGCCGGAUCAUCCUCCACAGUUAUGAUGCCUGUGACACACUGAAGCUGCGUGAUGUGACCUUUGACACUGAGCUUAUAGACCCUGUGGUAGCUGCAGGAGCCGUAGCCACCAACUCUGGUAUUAUCUUCUUCUCCAACCCAGCCCAUCCAGAGUUCCACUCAGUUGCUCUCCCCAGGAGUAAACCUGACCCUGCGCUGGAGCUUCAGCAAUGGUACUUCCUGGCGAAAAGAAAUGGUCCAGCUAUGGCCAGGACCCAGUGGCUACUCCUCACUGGCAGCCCUGGAAGACAGUAUGAAUGGAGAGGACCAGGCUCCCCAGCUCUAUGUCUUGUAUGAGAAAGGCCGAAACCAGUACACAGAGAGCAUCUCCCUGGCCAAAAUCAGUGUCUAUGGGACAUUGUGAGCUAUAACACUGAAAGCUUGGCUUCUUCCAUACAGGAAGUGCUGUCCUCACCUGGUAGCUCUUCUGUUCCACAUUUCUGGGUCUGCCCCACUACCCUUUCUGCCCGGCCUGAGUAAUGAUUACUCUUUUUCUUGGGCAGGGUUAGAUGGGCCUGUAAAACUGAUUAAAUGUGAACUCAGGGAAUUGCAGAAGGCUGAGCUUCCUCUCUGGAGUAAGGAACUAACUUUGGAAAGGAUUGAUCAAAGUUCCAGAUGGGCUGGAUAUUUUUGGUUUUAGGGUAAAGCAGUACUACCCAUCUUGACUAUUUAUGAAUCAAAAUAUUUGUAAAUGUUUUUAAUGAAGGAAAAUAAACAUUAUUUAUGA